GGGCACCGCAUAUGGCUGGUCAAAGGUCGCUUGCCGCGAAGUUUGUCACGGGUUUUUGGUGGCGUUCAAAGUCAUCAUCAUCUUAGAGUAACCUUUUGUGAAACUCUCUGUAGCUGAGCAUGAUUGAUGCAGAGCGGUACUAUGUGGGAGUAGACGUAGGUACGGGGAGCGCUCGUGCAGCUCUUGUUGACAGAACGGGACGGGUACUAUCCAGAGCGGAACAUCCCAUCCAAACAUGGAACCCCCAGCCAGACUUCUACCAGCAAUCAUCAGAUGACAUCUGGGCUGCCUGCUGCACAGUUGUCAAGAAAGUGACAUCAACAGUGGAGGUGACCCAGGUGCGUGGGGUUGGGUUUGAUGCGACCUGUUCACUGGUCCUGCUGGACACUGAGGGCAAACCUCUCACUGUCAGCAAAUCAGGAGAGAAUGAACAGAACAUUGUUCUAUGGAUGGACCAUCGAGCUACGGAGCAGGCAGAGAGGAUAAAUACUACCCAUCAUGCCGUCCUGAAAUACGUAGGUGGGGCAAUCUCUCCAGAAAUGGCACCACCCAAACUACUCUGGCUAAAAGAGAAUCUUGGUGAGGCAUGCUGGGAGAAGGCAGGUCACAUGUUUGAAUUACCUGACUAUCUAACAUGGAGAGCCACAGGAAGUGCUUCCAGGUCCCUGUGUAGUCUGAUAUGCAAGUGGACAUAUUCUGCAUCUGACGAGUGGAGUGACAGUUUCUGGCAGGAGAUUGGACUAGCAGAUCUUGUCUCAGAUAACUAUGCAAAAAUUGGCUGUGCAGUCCAGUCCCCUGGUGAGAGGGUAGGAAAGGGGUUGACCAAGUCUGCUGCUGUAGAACUGGGACUGGCAGAGGGCACAGCUGUGGGGACCUCACUCAUAGAUGCACAUGCAGGGGGACUAGGAAUGGUAGGAGCAGAUGUCAAAGGUCAUAACCUGCCAUGUGAAAAUCAACCAAUCACAGCCCGGCUCUCCCUUAUAUGUGGCACAUCCUCCUGUCAUAUGGCUCUCAGUAAGGACGCCAUCUUUGUGCCAGGUGUGUGGGGCCCUUACUUCUCCGCUAUGGUGCCAGGCCUCUGGCUCAACGAGGGAGGGCAGAGUGCAACCGGAAAAGUGAUAGACCAUGUUAUAGAGACCCACGCUGCCUUUCCAGAACUGAAGGAGAAGGCCAAGAGCAGUGGAAAGUCUGUCUCUGAAUACCUGAACACGUACCUGUCCGGCCUGGCAUCAGACAGGCACCUCUCGUCACCGGCCACUCUGGUCGGCAGUCUCCACGUCUGGCCAGAUUACCAUGGCAACAGGUCACCCCUUGGUGACCCCUCCCUCACAGGCAUGAUCUGUGGACUUCGAUUGAGUGCAGGCCUCCAAGACCUGGCACUCCUGUACCUGGCCACAGUACAAGCCCUGGCAUAUGGCACCAGACACAUUCUGGAGGCUCUUCAAGGGGCGGGGCAUGACAUCAGCACCUUGUUCAUGUGUGGGGGGCUCAGCAAGAACCCCUUGUUUGUACAGACUCAUGCAGAUGUCACAGGCUUGCCUGUAGUUCUUCCCAAGGAGCCUGAGUCAGUGCUGGUUGGAGCAGCGAUUCUUGGAGCUUAUGCUUCGGGGGACUUUCUAACUAUACAGAGUGCAAUGGGCUGCAUGGCUAGGGUGGGGUCAGUGUUGCAACCAAGUCUACAGGACAGAAGGUAUCAUGACAAGAAGUAUGCUGUUUUCCUGAAGAUGGUAGAGAACCAGAGAGAAUAUGCCAGCAUCAUGUGUAGUACAUAAAGUAGACAGUAGGAUUAGCUCAUUGUUCACUGUGA